UUGCCCCAAUAUCACAAACAUUACCACCUUCAAACAUUUUACCAGCUGUACCAACUGACUUGCCUUUCUAUUUAUCGUUUCAUCAUCACAGAUUUGCGUCUCGAAGACUUUUUACCACUCUCUUUCUAUCCACAUUGUAUCUUGAUAAUCUUUCUCCCCUACACACUUAUCAAGAUUAUCCUCUAUUUUCACCAUGUUUCGAAACGUUGUCAUCGUUUGUCUCGUCAGUCUCGCAUUAUUCACCUUCAUGUUGGUCGAAACGCGGGCAACCAUAUCACUACCCCAAGUUUCGGAAAUUUCGGAUAGUCCAACGCCAAUCGGUCAGCAGCCGGUCUCGACAGCUGUGGACACUUUGGUGUCCAACCAAUCUUCAAUUGAGCCGAAGGAGGAGAAGGACACUCUCCCAACCUCAGUAGAAGACGAGUCGGAAGAAGGCGAGGCGGAGUACUUGGAGCGCAACAAUCGACAUCAAGCUCGUCAUCGACGCCAUGGGUGCAGUCGUCGAUCCAAGCACAACCGCUGUAAGAAACACAAAGCUUCUCACAAGAAGAAAGUUGUUACGGCCAUUGCUGCAGCCGCACAUCGCACAGUCAGCCUGGCUGCCACUGGCAUUUUACGUUCUGGUGACGCCACUUACUACGGCACUGGACUGGGAGCAUGUGGUAUCACCAGCACCGAUGAAUCGAUGAUUGCAGCGGCAUCCAUGCAUCUUUUCGAUAACUUCCCCGGAGCGACUGCGAACCCGAAUAUGAAUCCAAUCUGCGGGCGCAAAGUCAGGGCCACAUACAAAGGAGCAACCGUGAUCGUACAGAUAGUAGAUCGCUGUGUUGGAUGCGCUAUCUUCGACUUGGACUUUUCUCCUACUGCCUUUGGCCUGAUAGGUCCCAUGGACAAAGGUCGUUUACACGGAAUGAAUUGGCAUUUCAUGUAAAUUUCAUUCGAUUUUUCCCCAACCCUCACAAUGUCAAAAGUCGCCUGGCCGGCAAUUCAAUUUGUUAAAGUUCCUAGUCAGAUCAUUUGUAACCCAGAAGUGCUAGUUCACAGUUUUUUUGUAAUUUCCUUUCGCUCGUUCAGAGCAUAGAAUGUCUUUCAUUAGUCUCUUAGGUAGCUCUUCGCUUUUGUUUUUCUCAGUUCUAUGUGUGACCAUGUGAUGUCCAUAUAUCUUUUUGCUAUUUUACCAGCCGCGCACGAAAUUCAGCGUUAGACGUGCACUCUUUUUAUUCGCACCAAAGUUAGUCAGUGUGAUACAUUCAUUGUUGUACGAGCUCAUUCAUCAUCUCAAAACUAGCUACUUGUAAAAAGCACUUUGCAAAUCUAUUUACCUCUCAUUCGGAACCCCCUCAU